AUGGAGAAAGAUGAUCUCGAUUUCGUGUUGGUGCCGUUAGGCUUGUUUGUGAUGGCUGGAUAUCACGCUUGGCUACUUUAUCAGAUACGUCACAAUCCUGCUCGCACCGUCGUCGGAAUGAACGCAAUCAAUCGCCGAUUUUGGGUCGCUUCUAUGAUGGAGGACACACAAAAGACUGGAGUUCUAGCAGUACAAACAUUAAGAAACAACAUUAUGGCAUCCACCCUAUUAGCCUCUACAGCCAUCAUGCUCAGCUCCAUGAUCGCCGUUCUCAUGACCGGAGGAGUCACCGGCCAUGGCGGCAACACCAGCAGCAGCACCACCACCACCAACCACCACUGGAGUGGCAUAACCUUCGGUGAGGGUACCAAGCUCCGAAUGACCCUCAAGUUCUUCAGCAUAACCAUCUGUUUCUUAGUAGCCUUCUUGAUGAACGUUCAAUCGAUUCGAUACUUCAGCCAUGCGAGCAUGCUCAUCAACGUUCCGUACAAAAAGAUCACCAAUUUCACCAGCCACCACCUCACCACCGCCUACGUUGCCGCCACCGUCAACUUCGGUAGUUACUUCUGGUCUCUCGGUCUCCGUGCUUUCUAUUUCUCGUUUCCGCUCUUCCUAUGGCUAUUUGGCGCUAUACCCAUGUUCGUUUCCUCGGUUUUCUUAGUGUUCAUGCUCUACUUUUUGGAUGUCACUUCCGAUCUCGGAUGGGUAGCCGAUGUUGUCUCGACGGAUGAAGAAACCGGUUAA